UAGCCGUUAGGAGUAUAAAAUUUUGAAUUUGCCACGUCCUAAAAGGAGCUAUGCUCUUUUGCAGACUGAGUGAUGUCAUGUGCCUUUCGGAUCUUCUACAUCCAACCUUAUUAUUUCUCUUUUCUAACAAAGCUACUGUUUGCCUCUUCUCUUCUUAGUCUCUCUGCUAUACUCUUGAAAGAUUUCAGGGCUACAAGGGUGCUUUGAAAAUCAUGGCUUUCAGCAGCUUUCCCCUUUCGUACAAAUCUCUGCAGGAGAACAUUUCAUCUAUGUACAAAAACAUGCAUACCUUCUCCUUUAGGAAAAUUGAAGACGAGACUCCAGAACAGAGACUUGCACAUCAGCAGUCUGAGAAUCUGAAAUGGCAGCAGGACAUGUUUCAUAGGAUCUUAAACAAGAUUGGACUUCAUAAGGAGGGGAUUGUAUCAGAAGAGGAAGUGGAUGCCACCAGAUCUGAUUUGUUGUAUGCCCUUAUUGCCUCCCCUGCAGAAGGAGAGUGGCCUGCAAUAACCAGAGACAAGUUACUGUUUCUUCAGGAACUCUUCUAUGCAAAUUGCAUAUCAGAAGAAGAUUACAAUUUCUCAAAGAGGCCUCUACUUCUUCGUCUGGCAGUACAGGGAGCAGAGAUUGAUUCCCGAGAUGUCUUGUUGAGUAGUGACCUAAUCCCCUGUACUCUCAAUAAUAUUAUAACUGAGCCUGAUAAACAGCAGGUAUUACCAGAGUCAGUGAACAGGCAAGAAACAGAGUGGUCAGUGGUGGAGCUGAAAGAGGACCAGAGCAUGUUCAAGAAUUUUCCAGCCAGAAGGACAGGUGAUUGUAGCGAAGAGAAAUAUUCAAUGAAACAAGAAAUAAUUAUGCCUUGUCUUGGCUUAACUCCCUAUAAAGGAGCAGAGUCCAAGGAAAAACUCCCAUCUAUAAUUGUUCCCAAGUCUCUAGAUUUUAGAACAGCAACUGUCAAGGAUUGCUGUCCCGCAAGGAAUCCUCCUAGUUUACCAAUGCAAAAGGAUUAUAAAGGAAUGGCUAUAUGUAUUAAACCCACCGAAUCAUUCAAAAAUAACCCUUUUUGGCAUGUAGCUGGAUCAUUGGAUACUCCUGUACAACCUUUCAACAAAGAAUCUCUCAACAAACAAUCAGUAAAAUCAUCUCUUCUAGAGAAUACCAUGGCGUCAUGGGCAGGUCAUAAAAGAGGGACUACCAGAGCCAAAGUUAAAAAAGCCUUCAAUCAGCUGCUCCUCAAAGUGCAUAAAGACCAUUCUAAGGAAAGUCAAACAGAGGCUUCAUAUUCAUCUCAUAUUAGUGAUUCUGAUUCUGAUUCUGAAACUGAUGAGCAACAGUUGAAGUUUGGGAAUAAAUCAUGGGGAUUAGAUCUAUUCAAAUCCUCGAAGAAGAACAAGAAUGAAGAAGACACGGAUCACCUUCCUCUAAAUGUUGAAAUGUCAGAGGAAUCUCUUUCACCUUCUAAAUUAAUACUGAGACCAAUUGGACAAGGGCCGAAUACAAAGAAGAUAAAGAGAAAGAUACAUUCUGAUGGUGCUGCAACAGACUUUUUUGUUGAUAAGGUUUUGGGUGAGAAUAUAAAGAUGGAGUUGUCACGCAUCCUUGCAGAGAUGGGUACCACAAAUCCCAAUCCAAAUUUUACGGAUGAACAGAUUGAAUCCAUUGCAACACAGUUGCCUGUUGACAAAAACGAACUUAAAAAGUUUUUUCCCACGUCUUGGUGUGAAAGGUAUGGAGAUGUUGUGUUGGAUGUGGUUCGGAAAGAAUUCAAACAUCAUAUUAGGGAAAUGGAAAAUCUACGUAGAACUGCACAAGAGAGACGCAGCAAAGCUGCUAAAAGAUGGAGUCUGAAAGAUCAUGAUAUGAAUUGUUCACCCAAGACAGACAAAACUAAAGUUGUGGUUCACAAUAGUUUCAACAGAUACUUCGCCAGUCAAGAUGAGAACUCAGCCCCAAAUAACAGCCAUCAGAGGCCAACUACAAAAGUCACCUUUUCCCUUCCAUCCUCCAAGGCCCAACUCACCUACAUUUAAACUCUUCAUGAGUACAAAUUGCCUGUCCUUCAUUCCUAGAAAAGGCCCAAAACCACUAUCUUCAGCUUUCAGCUCAGGAGGCCAAUGAUGACUUCAUCGCUCUUAAGAAACCCUUCACGGUGGAAGAGGUCAACCAUCUUUACUGUUCCUUCAAACCAGUUGAACAAGAAGCUUGAAGAAGAUAUUGGAAGAGAAAUUCCAGACAGAUCAUCUGAUGGGACUGACUAUAUGACAUCCUAGACCAUCUUGAUUAUAGAUGUAAAUAUGAGCUGAUUUGUGAGCUCUGCUGAUAUCUAUUAUGUGAUAUGGUUUGGCUUAGCUUGUUCAUAUGAAAGUCAUAUUUUCUUUGUGACUUGUUUAGAAGAAAUUAUCAGCUCCUUAAGCAGAGAGUCUGAACUUGGUUUUUCAAUUGUGGCGCAACAGUUUGGGUUGUAUCUGAUUGUAUCGAUAGCUCAAGCAGAGAGGACUUUGUAUAUAUGUAAUGUACAAAUUGAAAACAUUACUCUCUUA